GUGGGAAAUCAGAGCAGUCGCAGAUCGGGAGGAGAGAGGAUACUCACCUGUUGAGCAGCUGCGGUGUGUUUGAGCGUCCAGCUCUUUGAGUUAAACCCACUUCUGAACAGUCUUGUGUGUUUUUUCUUCGGAGAUCGUCUGAGUUUUCACCUUCAGGAUGACAGACACUCUUUUACCAAACGGUAAAGACAGCAGAGGAGACAGCAACUAUUUCAGAAAGGGCUGCAACCCGUUCGCCCAGACCGGACGGAGCAAAGUGCAGAACCAACGCGCCUCUCUGAACCAGGAGAUCAUCAAGGAGAUGCGAAUGAGGGCUGGCGCAGAGAACCUGCUGAAGGCGACGUCGAACAACAAAGUGAAAGAGAUGGUCCUGCUGGAGCUGAGUUAUGUCAACGCCAACCUGCAGCUGCUGAUGGGACAGCUGGAGGGACUCAACAGCUCGGUGGACGUCUACCAGAGCUCCCAGGAAACGGCCAACAUCCCUCUCAUUGCUCUGGGUCUGAAGGAGACAAAGGAAGUUGACUUCUCCACACCUUUCAAGGAUUUUAUCCUGGAACACUACAGUGAAGAUGGGAACAGUUAUGAAGAAAAGAUUGCUGACCUUAUGGACUUACGACAGGCUUGCAGAACACCAAGUCGUUCUGAGGCUGGGGUGGAGUUGCUGGCAAAAUACUUCAGCCACCUUCCUCUGGUAGAGAGCCGCUUCUUCUCCCCCAACCACCAGAUUGGCAUCUUCUUCACUUGGUACGACUCCUUCACUGGAGUGCCCGUGUGCCAGCAGAACUUGUCCCUGGAGAAAGCCAGCAUCCUCUUCAACAUGGCAGCCCUCUACUCCCAGAUGGGUUCCCGCAGUAACCGGCAGGCAGCAGUUGGGCUGGUGGAGGCCAUUUCUUCCUUUCAGAAAGCUGCAGGUAUAUUGAACCAGCUAAAGGAGACCUUUACCCACACCCCCAGCUACGACAUGAGUCCCGCCAUGCUCAGCAUGUUGAUUCGCUUGAUGCUUGCCCAGGCUCAGGAGUGUCUGUUCGAAAAGACUGCGCUGCCUGGCGUUCGGAACCAGUUCAACACCCUGAUGAAGAUGGCCCAGGAGGCUGCAAAGGUUUCUGAAAUCUACGACCAAGUCCACCAGUCCAUGAUCCAGACCCCAAUCAAAGACAAUGUUCCUUCGCUGUGGGCCACCAUAUCACAAGUUAAAACCAACCACUACCGCUCCAUGGCUCACUACUUCGUAGCCUCAGCGCUGCUCGACCACCAGUUGGGUCCCAAUGAUGAUGAGGACCAGCAGGAGAAGACCUUGUCACAGGUCUACGAUCGCCUCCCCGACGGCCGCUCUCCUCUUGACAUCCUGAAGAACCGAGAUGAGCGCCAGCGCAUUGGUAAAGCGCACAUUCGGCGGGCCAUCUUGGGUCACGAGGAGGCUCUGAGGAUUUACGGGAUGUGCCAGCACAAGAUGGACGCCAUGCAGGACAUUUUAAAAGCCAGCCACCAGCGCUCGCUGAAAAAGCACAGUGAUAACGAAAGCGAGGAGGAAUUCACAGACUACACUGACGCCCCAGACAUCAUUUCUAAAACAGAGCACAAAGCAGAGAUGGAGGUUCCUGCAACCACAAAGGUGAAAGUCACCGACUUUUUCCAGAUGCUGGGCCCGUUGUCAGUCUUCUCAGCCAAGCAGCGGUGGACCGCUCCUCGAACAAUACGACUCUGCCCUGAAGACCGAGACCUGGGUUUCACACUGAAAGGAGAAUCACCCGUGCAGGUGGUUUCACUGGACCCGCUCUGCCCAGCUGCUGCUGAUGGCCUCAAAGAGGGUGAUUACAUUGUCAGCGUGGGCGACACCGAAUGCAAGUGGAUGAGUGUGAGCGAAGUGAUGCGGCUGUUAAAGGAUGUGAAUCAGCAGGGGAUCGACAUCCAGGUGGUCAGCAUAAUGGACAGCAGCCCCUCCAUGCCAACCAAGAGUGCCACUUUCUGUGGAAAUCUGCCGAAGACCUACUCCAUGAUUUGUCUGGCCUACGAUGACAAUGGCAAGAACACAAAAUCUCGCAAAGUGAGCAAGAAGUCAUCCUUCCUCAGCUGGGGUCUGAAGAACAAACUGAAGAGUGCCAGCACCCUCAGCCUUCCCACAGCAGACCCCUCUGAUGGCCUUCCCUGGAACAAAACCUUCACGAGCACAAAUGCAAACCGAGACAGUGCCUUAUACUGAUCAAACCACCGCCUGUUCCCUGUCUGCACAUGUUGUGCAGUAUGUAUAUUGAGCCUAAGUUGGCUUAUAUAAAGUACUGCACUGUCAUUCUGGCACUUCUAAGGUACCGUGGCUGUGCCCUUGGGUGACCGCUGGAAUGCCGUGUUGUUGGGGCAUUCUAUCCACCUGCCUUAGAAAGUGGUGGUGCCAAAUACGGUACAGUAUAUAAGUGUCUAUGUUAAUAUACGGGCACCUUCACAGUUGAAGUCAAGUAGAUUAUAGACUAAACAUAAUGGAAAGCCAGUGUGUACCAUGCCAGUGUGCGUACAGCUCAGUACUGCUGUGUCCCCUGUGGGAAGAAGUCACCAGCUGUCAUUCCAGGCUGAAUAUACAUGCGGCACUGAGACAGGCUCCAGAGCUUAACUUUCAUUUGAUUGUGUCUUCUCCAGACAAAUCGGACGACACACACAAGGGGGUGCUUCUGUUUCUAAACUCGUCUCCUGUUGGCUUCAUGGUGUACUAAUGUAGCAGUGCACUGUGAAGUUCAGAUAAUCUCUAUGUUCUAUAGGAUUAUAGUUACAGUAGCUGUAACCUUGUUGCAGUAUGUUAAGCAGUGCUUGAUGGAAAACUUGUGCCUGCAAAUUUUCUUAUCUAGGCAGUGUUGGUGAAUGCAAUGUUCUAAAAGCUGCUAAUAUAUUUACAUACA